AAACAGAAUGCCUAGUUUUCUCCACUUUCUUUCCUUUUGCCAUCUCUGGUGGGUGGCAAGGCCUGGUUUUCGGUGGUGGGUCUAGUCAGGACACAGACUAGAGAUGGCACUGAAAAAAUGGCAUGGUGCUACUUAGAAGGCUAAGCUUGAUGGUGGGCCACAGAAACACUUGAGGCCUCCUUACUCACUAGGGAAGCUUAAUCCAGCCCUUAAGAUCUGCCUGGGAAGACGAUAUUUGCUUGGGUCUGCAGUCUGAGGGCACCAGAUCCAGAAAGUAAGCUGGGAGUUAUAUAUAGCUCAGUGCUUUAUAUGGUAUAGUGAGCUAGCUGCCCCCCACUCUCCUGCUCACCCCACCCCAACCUGUCAGCCGCUGACAACCACCACAUAGUUUCAAGGAUGAUGCACGCACCACAAAAGCUCUGCCAGCAUUUUGUCCACUGCCCUCUGGAAUCCUUUUAGCCGAAGAGCUUGCCUCUUCUGCUGCAUGAGUCAAGACAAGCAUUAGAUUUCCAGAGGACCGACUUCUUUUCACACCAUUCUAGAAGCUAAUUAAGCCUAGAGGCCCAAUUAGGAAAGAAUUCGUUGGGAAGUUGGUAACUAUUUCAAGAAUGUAUGAGCACCAGGGAAACCUAUGCCCAGAAAGUUGAACUACCAAGUGCAGCAGCAGAAUUUUUUGUAUGAGAGUAAAGUGUAAAUUGCUGGAGGAUCUGGGUCUUGAAAUCAGUAAGGCUUUCUGUGACAUGAAAGGCACGAAAUGUAAUCUCUGAGUGUGCUUUGUAAAUGAGGGAUCCAGACACAGGACAUUUAGAAUCUGACAAAAAGAAAGUUUCAGUGAAAAGCAAGGUCCCUGGAAAGGGGGUUCAGGGAAACACUGAUUUAGGUAAAAUAUUUAAGUUACAAACUACCUGGCUUUAGAAAAAGAGCCAAAAAAACGCAUAUAACUCUGCGCCAGUUUUGUGUAAUGUAGAUCAGAUGUCUGCUCCGUAUAUGGUUAAAUGGAGGAUGUCUGUCUCCCCGAAAUUCUCCAGCAGGACGUUUAUUUAGCUUUUUCAAAAGAGCCGCUGAUAGAUCAAGGAGAGAUAUUCCUUAUAAGGAAAAGAAUGCAGAGAAUUUGAAAAUAGCCCAGUAAGACUGAAAGCAAGAGAAGGAGAAAAAUCUACUACGAUCUUAAGGGGAAAAAAAUCAUAAUUAUUGUAACUAUGUGGUUCUAUCAUGUCUUUAUUGAAAAGUCUUGUUUAAUGGUGCAUUGGAAUGAGGUGAGGCAGAAGUGGCAAAGAGGAUAUUUAAAGCCAGCUCGGUGGGGGAGGGCGGAGCCAGGAGGAGAGGGAGGUUUUUGAAGCUGUGUUCUUUUCUUUCCACUGGAAAAUUAUCCCUAAUAUGGUACACUUUUUUUUUUUGGUAGUAUAUUGAUCAUCUUCCCCUUUAAGACAUUUUAGGUUGUUUGGAAUCUGUAGGGAUGUGCAAGACGUUUGUGAAGAAAUGCUAUAUUUAGAGUGAUUCCUAGCUAGUAAAAAUAGUGAAGACUUGAGGAGGAAGAGACAGAUGUCACUAGAGAAAGGUAGGAGAGAGGUCAACUUCCUGAGGUAGAAUUGUAUUAGGACAUUGCACUAUUACUCACCAAUGUAAAACAUUUUCACAUUUUUCUACUACUAAAAACAUUUUUCUAUUAAUUUACCAACACACUUUACAGAUCCUAUUCCAGAAAUGGGCUCUUCCUAGCUUGAAAGGUUGUAACUUGCAAGGUCGGAUCUCUGAUGGUUUUGUUUUGAAUUUUUUGUCUUCCCUCCACAUAAGUGAGGCUGAAGGGGAUCAAGCGCUCCAUUUUCUCUCUGGCCCAACCCCUUCCCCAAUAACUGUGAUGUCUCUGACAUCUGCAGUAUGUAAGUCUUUAUUCCCUGUAGGUCUUUGCUUUCUAAAUCAGUGAUUCUCAACCUUACCUAAACAAUCACCUAGGAUGGUUUUAAAACUUAAAAUCCAGGCUGUACCCCAGGCCAAUUAGAAUCUCUGGGAGUGGAAUGCAGGCAUUAGUAUUUGUUAAAUACCCAGGUGAUUCCAAUGUGCAGCCAAGGCUGAAAACAACUGUCCGAAACUCUUGUAUAAUGACAUCAGUGUGAAAAUGAACUCACCUGAAACUGACUUUCCCAGAUGUUUGAAAAGCAGGACAUUAAGUCACUAGUUGGCUGCCUAGAGCAUUUGCACCUGUCCAGCAGUUUCUGCUUCUCCUGGAGGCUCCCAGAUGCCCCCUUCUCCCACCCUCAAAGUUGGAGGCCCCCAGUCUGUACUCUUAGGGAAGCAGUUGUGACCUCCCUCCUGACUAGAUGAACUGUGUGGAAACAAAGCUAGAGGCUCCACCUACAGGAUGUGAGGGCCCAUGCUGGGCUUUGUGAGAGUCUCAGCAGAGGGAGGCUGUGAGAAAGUCCAUAGCAAAUGAGUCAGAAAAGCAAGGCGCUUCCUCAUUAGGGCUUUGGCGUAGGAGGGGGUUGUCAAGUGUGUUUUCUUUUUCUUCAUUAUUCCCACACUUAAACACAUAGGAACUGACUUGAAGGGCCUUCUGUGGGAAAGGUGAGGAAAGAAAGCUGUGAGACUUAGAAGACAUUUAAAAACGUAGCCGAAGGGGAGAAUUGGCAGGGGGUGGUUCCCAAAGAUUGUGUCCGCUUUGGUUUUCAUCCAGCUGUAGCCAGACCCUCUCAUAGGGUUCUGUAGCCUUCCUUGGUGUGCCUUUUAAGACAUCUCAGUCCGGCCCAGAAUUGGUCAGAUUCCAGAAGAUCUCAGAGGCUGAUCUAAAACCAGAGAAGGUUGUAACUAGAAGGGACCCUUGAGAUGAUUGUUUUUGUGGAAAGGAAAGUAAGUCCCAGAUAGGCUGGCGGGCUUGAGGUCCCACAGCUGGUUAUAGGCCGUAGCCUGACUCUUCAGACAGUGCCUGUGUAUUUAUUAACUAAAGCUAUCAUUUUAACUACGUACAAGGUAUUGUGCUUAGUGCUUUCUGUCAUUUCAUAAUCCUCACAGCAAUCCUAUGAGAAACGUACUACUAUUAACCGUGCUUUUACAGAUAAAGUCAAGUUGUUUUCCGUCACACAACCAGGAGAGAACCAAAAGCCAGAUUCUAACCUAGGGAGACAGCAUUUAGGAGGUUUAACCUCUAUGCAAUACGUUAGUGGUUUUCCCUUCAUGAGUUUGGAGGGAAGGAGAGUUGUUGUGGUUAGGAUCUUGUGUUCUGGGGUUCUUUACAUCGAGGAACAAUCCCUUUGGGGGUACAUUCAAGCCCCAAACCCCUCGCUCGGCUUCUCUCCUUCCUGGGCAUGGGAAACUGGCAGUCCCGAGCGGAGCGCUCCCGCCGCCAACAGGCGGCACCGUCGCCCUUUGCAGCCAAAUCCGUUACUCGGGUUCCCCACGGCGCAGGGGAGGGGCGCUGGGAGUCGAACUAACACCCUCGGCGCGUUGGCCACCCUCCCGCUCACCAGGUGCCCCGGCAGCCUGCGCGCAGCGCCUGUCAGCCCCGCGGCCGCGAGCAUGCGCGGUGCCUCCCUCGGUUGGAGAAUUCCCGGGGUCCGCGGCGCGCGCCCCGCCCCGCCCCGCCCGCUGGGCCCGCCCCCGGCUCUCGCUCACCCGCCUGCGGUUCGCCUGCGCAGCCUAGGAGGUCGCGACUUCCGGGCUGUGCCUGGGCCGCAGGGGGCGCUGCUGUGGCGCGCCGCGGCCUGGGCGGGGUGGCCGGGCUGUCGGAGUGCGGCAGCAGCAGCGGCGGCAGGAGCGCAGCAGCCGGCCUCUCCCGGGGCAGUCCGCCAGCCUACCGGCCCGCCGCCGCCCGGCGCAAUGGCGGGGAGCAGUUCGCUGGAGGCGGUGCGGAGGAAGAUUCGGAGCCUGCAGGAGCAGGCGGACGCCGCGGAGGAGCGCGCGGGCAGCCUGCAGCGCGAGCUGGACUACGAGAGGAAGCUGAGGGAGACCGCAAAUGCAUCCAGCACACCGGAACAGGAUUUCAGAGUUCGCAUGAAAUAAAAAGGCCUGACCUUUGAUCAUCCCAUGCAGUACUCCAGUUCAGGUAGGACUUUGAACAUACAUUCCAGAGGAUUUAUUUUUAGGAUAUAAUAUUAUUCUCCUACAAUUAUUUCUUCUUAAUUGUCCUCACAGAAAUACUUGUUUUUAAAGUAAAAAUCAUUGCUAUUUUUAAAUUGCCUUUAGUUAUAUUGGCUAGAACACCUGGAUUUCAUGAAAAUCUAGGCCCUGUAAAAGUUCUCUUUCAAGUCAGACUUGGAGUAACAUUUUGCUAUAUUGUGUGGGCGUGCCCUUGAUAUCUAUUGUAGUUUCUUAGGUAGCUGGUACCUUGUGGAAGGGAUUGGGGGACACAUGCAGCUCUAAGACACACGUGUAGAGCGCCUGGUGGUUGUUUAACAACAGAUCUGCAGGAAGACAGUUGGUAACCUUUACUAAUAUAGCAGUCUCUUUUCUGAGUAGUUCAUUACAUCUUGGGACCCAAUAGCACUUUUGAAAUGAAAGAAACUAGCAUCCCAAAGACUUCACCAGCAGUGUCAACACAUGAGCUGUCGUUAGAAGCUAACCCAGUACACGUGGGUGACUUCCAUGCCUGGAAAUAAUUUGCGUCUGGGGUCUUGACCCUUCCCAAAUGCCUUGUUAUUUAUAUUUGCUUUUUAAAUAACAGAUGGUCAUGUGUCUGUAGGGUUUGUACUGACAGGCAACAGCCAGUUAAGUCUUAAGUAAACUGCCCAGGUGCUGUGAUGGAAAGAACCUUAGAAAAUAUCUAAAUAAGCCUCAGAACUCAGAGAAUACAUACCGGGGAUAAAAGCUAGUGCAGGUGAGAGAUGUGGGCCUUUUGAACAUAGAGCAUAAUCCACUCCCCGCCCCCACCAAAAAAAAGUGAAAAUAAGGGUGUCCUUAAUUAAUUUAUGGAAUUGAGUAUAUCUUGAAUUCUAGAGAACCAAACUAAGUUGUGAUCAGACCAGUAUGGUGAGGCCUGAGAAGCCAGUGAGAGCCCAGGUUUUUCCCGGGGGAAGCUUAUAUAGAGAUCGAUACACCCCAGACACUGCUUUCAGAUCUGGGCUGUUACCUACAAGCACCUUUGCCCAUCCUGCUCUGAAACUUCUGGGGCAGCAGGCGUUGGUUUCUGGGGUUGAGAACAAAUGCUCUGUGUCCUUGUGUGAGCUGGUACCGCCCUGGUGUUACUUGAUGAUGUUUUCAAUUUUAUACGACACCUUUUUUCCAAAUGGAUUGAGAGGACUUGUUUAGCGGAUGAUAUUCAGUACAGUAACCGUUUUUCUAGUCCUGGUUAGGUUCUUUCGCUGAAGGCCUUUUUUCAGGUAGGGAGUUGGAGUCAGGGUGGCUGUAGAGAACCUGCUGCUCUGACGUCAGAAAGCAGAAAGACUCCAUAGGUGAGAACCACCAGUUCCAGGGCUUCCAUGAGGCUCCAGGAGGCCUUGAGAAGGGAGGCAGGCAUGCCAGCACGUUGAGGACCAGGGGACUUUGGUGCUAGUCUUACCUGCCGCUGAUGGCUGUGACCUGAACAUGUCAAAGAUCCCUCCCUCUUCCUAUUUUCUCUUCUACAAAGAGCUAGAUGAGUGGUUCCCACAGGAUUUUCCAGCUUCUUUGGAUGGUGGGUGGGGUAGAGGGGGGGGUUGCUUUUUUAUAGUGCAGAUUCCUGUCCUCCUUUCUGACCUCUUGAAUCAGAAUCUCUAGGGAUGGGGCCUAGAAAUUUGUUUUGUUUUUGUUUCUUUUUUAAAAUUUUUGGCUGCAUUGGGUCUUUGUUGCUCCGCGCAGGCUUUCUCUAGUGCAGCCAGCGGGGACUGCUCUUCGUUGCUGUGCAUGGGCUUCUCAUUGUGGUGGCUUCUCUUGUUGCGGAGCACGGGCUCUAGGCACACGGGCUCAGUAGUUGUGGCGCACGGGCUUAGUUGCUCCGCGGCAUGUGGGAUCUUCCCGGACCAGGGCUCGAACCAUGUCCCCUGCAUUGGCAGGUAGAUUCUUAACCACUGAACCACCAGGAAAGCCCGGAAAUUUGUAUUUUUAAUAUGCAUCUCCUGGUGAAUUUGGACACCCAGCCAGUUGUGGGAACUGCUGGACAAUGCCUAGGGACCCCUCCAGCUAAACAUCUUAGACCCCGUUUUGUGGACCACCCACAGGUCUGUUCUCUGUGUUGCCCCUGUCCUGGCUCCUAGAACAGGUCUCCAUUACCAUUUGUUGUUCUGGUGCCGUAUACGAGGCCUAUUGACUGGUAUUUACGUAGGGCACAACCCCUAAUGUAGGUUCUACAAAAUGCUCCUGGGGAAAAGGAGUUAAUGACAUUUAUAAAACAGUAUCCAGAGCUAAGGGAAAGAACGGUUAGAGUGGAGGCAAUAAGAGGGAAGAGGGAAGCGGGAAGAUUUGGAUUGAUGGGCGUCCCUCUCAGGUAGGGAGAUCUUUCGUGCAGAGGCAGGAACGAACAUGGGGUGCUGUCUCCUUACUCUCUGAUGCCCCAGGUGUGUGGGAGGCCAGGGACCUGGACUGGCCUGGCACCUGGAGGGUUCUUCCCCGGAGUAUAAACAGUCUCCUCUCUGUGAGUCCAAAGUCCUUGAGGUUGGGGCCCAGAUCGAAAACAGAACAGGAAGCUUAGAGUGUGGUGGCUACAGAAAUUGUUUUGAAAAUCUUGUUGACAUUUCUCUGGCUGCAGCACCUAUAACAAGGAUAUUUAAGAAAAGGGGGAAGAAUACUUCUGAGUACAUGACCUAGACACUCUGCUGAGGUUUUUUUGUUGGUGGUGUUUUGGAGGGUGGUUUUUGUUUUGCUUUUCAUUUUAGUUUUCAGCUUUCAGGGUUGCUUGCUUGUUUUCCCCCAUUCAUGAAAUGAAUAGAAUUUUACUAGAAAUGGAAAAUAUAGAAAAGAAAUCUGACCUGAUCCCAAAGUAUACCCUUAAUGUAUACCUCCUUCCGGUUUCGUUUUGUUUUGUUUUUUUACAUGGGGCUAAAAACUUUCUAAAGUUUCCAUACUUAAGAAAUGUGUUAUCCCUAUUACCCUCAUCCCUCCUCCAAAAAACUCCCAACAUUCACCUGCCAGACCUGGUGGAGCCCAUUACUAGCUGUGUACCUGCAGUGAUCUACUUUGUGGGCCAGUGCAACUGUUAACUGACCUCGGAUUCAUUUCACAUUUUCCCCUGCUCCCUGCCUCCAACAGCCAAUUAUUACUACAUAGUUAAUUUUGUGUGUGUGUGUGUGUGUGUGUGUGUGUGUG